AUGACCACACUGAAUAAAACACCUCUUGCUGCUGAUCCUAAGCAGUUGGAAAGAAUGGCGAGAGUAAGGGAAAUUGGGUCCCAAGCUGUUUGGUCACUCUCAUUGUGCAAACCAGGGUUUAAAGUGAAUCAAUUACAAAAUGACAAUCUAGAAACUUACUGGCAAUGUGAUGGCUCUCCUCAUUUAGUGAACAUCCAAUAGCAACUUGAAUUGAUGGAACCAAAUGGCUGGAUUCAUGUUCCUUUAACUGAAAAUCAUAAGAAGCCAACUCGCAUGUUCAGGAUACAGAUCACUGUUCUAGUCAAUCACCAAAAUAGAAGAGACACCCACAUGAGACAGAUUAAGAUAUACACACCAGUGGAAGAGAGAUCCACUGAAAAGUUCCCUAGAUGCACAACCACUGAUUUUUGA